AUGUUACGUCUAAGGGAGAUAACUUCGAAAUCUGAUUUGAAUGUUUUCCCUUACAGUGCUUCGUUCAUAUUUUUUGAACAAUAUGUAAUGGUGUUACCAAGUACCCUGCAGACAAUGGGUAUUGCAGUAGCUUGUAUGUUUGUUAUUACUAUUUUGUUUAUGCCCCACCCUAUCAUGGUAACAUUGGUCACCCUUAAUAUGUUAAGUAUCUUGGCAGGAAUUUUAGGUUUCCUUUACUACUGGGAUUUAUCAUUAAGUUCUAUCACUAUGAUACAUUUAAUCAUGAGUGUGGGAUUUUCUGUAGAUUUCAGUGCCCAUGUUUGCCAUGGUUUCAUUUCCUCGGAUUCAGUAUCCAGACAUGAGAGAACUAAAGAUGCAUUAAGAGAGUCGGCUGCACCAAUUUUAAAAGGAGGAAUAUCAUCUCUGCUUGGCAUAUGUACUCUUAUUUGGUCCUCCUCUUACGUCUUCAGAUCCUUUUUCAAAAUUAUGGUCUUGGUCAUAACUUUUGGCUUAGCUCAUUCUCUGUUGCUAUUACCAGUUGUUUUGUCUAUAUGUGGUCCAAAGAAAUCACAAGUUAUAGGAGCAGAAAAAGAAGAAAAACGAGAAGAAGAAAAGGGAGAAACGAGUCAAGUGGUCUAA